UUAUUUUUUGGCUUUUUCUUAGUUACAGAAUAAUAGUAACUCCUAUAUAUUCUCAGUUUCCUUUUAAACCAAAAAGAACAGAAAUUUGAAAAUUAUAAUGCAGUCUAUGCCAUAUUAUCAACAACAGCAAGGUUAUCAACCUCAGGCACCCUAUCCUUCUCAAGCUGCACCUGCACCUGCGCCUCCACCACCUCACAGUCUGCUGAAUGGUGCUCCUCUUUUGAACCAUCCUAACGGACUUCCUCCCAUGCAGCAUCCCGGUAUUCCCGAUCAAUCGCAGAUGGGUCCUCCUCCUGCACAAGCACAAGCACCCAAGAGAAAACAAGUCAAGAACGCUUGUACUAACUGUCAAAAGGCUUGUAAAAAAUGUGACGAUGCUAGACCUUGUCCCAGAUGUAUAAAGUAUGGUAUUGCUGAUACUUGUGUCAAUUCUGUAAGAAAGGAACGUAAGAAGGGUAUUAAACGUGGACCUUAUAAGAGAAGACAAAAGACAGGUGGUAAGUUAUCAUUUUCACGUUCGUUGAAAGAACAAAAAAAAUUUUUUUUUUUUUUUAGAGUUGCUGUGCUGUUUCUCUGUAUAUAAUCACAUCCAAUACACAGGAUGCAUUUCGUGAACGCGUUUUUUUUUUUU